AUUCAGUCUAUCGCGGUACUUUACGUACACCAUACGUUUGUUCAAUUUAAAGUGUACUAAUUUUUAUAAAGUUUUUUUUCCAAUAAGACUAUUAUUUAACAGAGACGUCAUAUUUUUUAACAACUUCGCUAUGGAAGGAAUUUUGAAUUUUCUAAAAAUCUAUUUACCCCUGAAUCGUAUCUUAUUCAUUCGUGCGAUUUUUGGACACCAUUUUAGCUUUGACUGUCGAAUGUUAUACUUAAAUAUUCACAAACUAUAUUGCAUUUUCGUUUCUUUUAUUUUCCCAUUGAUAAUAUACAGCUUUUCAGAUGUUUUGGAAUCUACCCGAUAUGCAAUAUUUAUGGAGUUUUUCGUCUGUAUUUGGAUCACCCUUAUCGUCGAAGACAAUUGUUUUCAGGAAUACUUAACUUCUAUCAAGCGUACCGAUCAACUCAUCACCCAUGGUCGUUUUAAUUUAGCAAGUUAUAGGCUAUAUAUGGUCUACUUUUUCAUUACUUUAUUACGAAUGAUUAUCCAUUUUAUGUCAGUGAAAUUUUUUUCUAUCUCCCUGUAUAAAUUUUUGACCUACGCUUUCGUUUAUAUGACACUCGACCUUAGUAACAUUAUUCGAGUUUUAAUAUUCGAGGCCUUGUACCAAAGAAUGAUAUAUCUUCGUAAUCAUUUUGAAAGCAUUUUUGAUCGGCCUACUAAUGAUUGCCGAAAUAUUAUUUCUGAAGUAAGACGAGGUUUAUUAAUAUAUGGACAGCUACUGGACAGCGUAAAGCUCGUGAACAAAAUCCAAGUUACGUUAUUCAUAACCUUAGCACUGCGCUUCGUGGGAUUUGCAUUAAAACUUAAUAUGAUGUUAUUCAAAGUAAACUCAAUUUGGGACCACACACGUAUGUUUAUGUAUACAUUUGAAUCCGCGUUCAUAUUAGCGCUAGAUCUUACUCCAGCAGUGUUUUCAGAACUGACGCACAACGAAGUUGAAAAAAUCGAAACGAUGAUGUCACAUAAGCAUUCCAUGUGCACCCAUCGGAGUCUGCGCGCUGCAUUAUCUAAAGGCAUUCUUUAUUUUAAACUGCGACCGUUUGAGUUUAAAAUUUGGCGAGUUAUUCCGGUAGACAGCACACUGAUAUUCUCAUUCCUCAGUGUUUUUCUUACUGUAAGCCUUUUAAUCUUUCAGUUUCACCACAUGAUGUAGGCGUAUUGCUGAUUAAAUGAAAUAAAAUUAAAACAAAAAAUAUUACUUUGCUUAUCCGCGAAAAGAUAACGUGCUAGUCAAUCAGUGUUAACCCGUUAUAAACUUGCGUAUUUUUACGUGCAAUUAAUGUUCCCACCCUCCCACCGCAAAUAAAAUAUAACAACCCACCAACAAAAGUAACAACAAUCUUUUUUUGGAAAAAAAUUGUAGUGGAAUGAAACAACAGUUUUUGAAAAAUUGUGGCGCUUUCUAUAUCAUAAUACGGUUGCCAAAAACGAAUAGCAAUCAUGACACAUUUAGCAACUUCAACGCUUUAGUAACUUCAUCGAAUCGUAACCAGGCCGCGUAGCCAACGUUACAAUCGUUCACGCUCUGUAGCGUAUCGUAGCUAUCUCUCUUUAUC